AUGAGUAAGUGGUGCAUUUUGGUGGUUUUGGCUCUUGCUGUAGUUGCAACAAGUGCAAGAAAUGUGCCUGCUGGAGAGGGUGGUUUGAAGGACGAGAAGACCUUUGGUGGGUUUGGUGGUUUUUCAGGAAUGGGUAACAAUGGUUUUCCUUUUGGAGGUGCAGGCUUUGGCGGUGGUGGUGACGCUGGUGAAGGCGGACUAGGUGGUGGUGGACUAGGAGGAAUAGGAGGUGGUGGUGGUGACGCUGGUGAAGGCGGACUAGGUGGUGGUGGACUAGGAGGAAUAGGAGGUGGUGGACUAGGAGGAAUAGGAGGUGGUGGUGCUGGACUUGGUGGAAUAGGAGGUGCUGGACUCGGUGAUGCGGGUGGACAAGAUGGUGCUGGCCUCGGUGGAAUAGGAGGUGGAGCACUCGGUGGAAUAGGAGGCGGUGGACAAGGUGGUGGAGCACUCGGUGGAAUAGGAGGCGGUGGCUUCGGUGGUGCUUCUCCUGGACUCGGAGGAUUCAGCGGGUUAGGCAGUGGUGGAUUAGGUGGACUAGGUGGUGGCGGACUUGGAGGUUCCGGUGGUGGUGUAUUUCCUCGUCCUUGA